UGGAGAUCUGCAUGGCGUGCAGAACUGCUGGCCACGUGCACUUGAAAGUUGACCCACGAUUUCCUCGCAGGCUGCUGGCCGCUGCGGAUGCCCCCCCCCCGCACCCGAAGCGGCCGUGUUGGACACGCGUACCACGGCUUCGAGCGCGCCGCGUGACGUAAACAUGCCGACGGCAUCGGAAUGGACUAGCCCGAUUUUGGCAUUGGCGGACGCGGAGUACAUGGAGUUCGGUGGUAAGUUUCGAGGCAGCCUUGAUGCCGUGGCAUGGCCGCGACGGCUGAAAACGAUCGAGUUCAACGGUUGUGUAGCAAUCAACCAGGCUAACGAGCUGGUACAAUGGCCGACGUCUCUGCAGAAGCUUUUUCUUGGUGACAGAUUCAACCAGCCGAUUGAGCGAGCUUCGUGGCCAGAUUCUCUGAGGGAGCUCGGUUUCCAAUGGGACUUCAACCAGCCCAUUGCGGAAGUUUCAUGGUCAGAUUCGCUGGAGAAGCUCAGCUUCGGAAGGGACUUUAACCAACUGAUCAAGGACAUCUGUUGGCCGGCGUCGCUUCGGGAACUUACGGUUGGGGAAAAAAUCAAGGAGACUACUGCAGGAGCGCCGUGGCCUGCUGGGUUCAAAGGGAUACACCAUGCUUUCAUUUGA